UGCUCACAGGACACCAUCCUGACGUCACACACAAACAGGAAGUGCUCCCUGCUUAUCAGACAAUUUAUGGAGUAAAUAUCGACAAAUUCAUUAAUUAUAAGUAGUUAACAUGUCUCAAGAUCCCUGGUUACAGAAUUAUGAUGCCACUUGCCGCCUUGUUCAAGAAAUUGCAGAGAACAUUCAUGAAAGAAACAGACAACAGAGGACAAGAGGGAAUCCUGCAAAGAUGAACAUGACACUGCGAGCGUCGCUACAGAAGCUGAAACAGAACAUCAACCAGCUCAGAGAGAGUUUGCUCCGAGUCUCGUCCUCCCGGCGCAUGUAUCCUUCCUUUCAACACAUGAUCACUGGUCCUCCUGGUCAUGUGACUGAUGACACGCAGCACAGUGCCCCAAACCGAAUGCAGUCGGAAGCCGAUCGGAGACAGAACCUUGUUGACGACCUGGUCACCAGGGACAAGCAGCUAAAUGCCACGUUCAAGGGUGACGUUACACAGCCAGAGCCCUCGAGGUCGACCCUGAUGGCUGGGGCGGGGGCAGAAGGGGGGGCCGCGGUCAACCCCUGGCUGGUCCACGAGCCAGAGGAGACCAGGGGCCUGGGCUUCUCCGCAAUCAAACAGCAGCAGCAGCACAUCAUCGAAGUUCAGGAUGCUGGGUUGGACGCGUUAGCCGCCGUCAUCAGCCGACAGAAGCUGAUGGGUCAGGAUAUAGGCAACGAGCUGGACGAGCAGAAUGAAAUCAUCGAUGACCUCACCCACCUGGUGGACAAGACGGAUGACCGGAUCCGCAACGAGACAAGAAGGGUUAAGCUGGUGGAGACUAAGUCGGCUUCCUGCGGGAUGCUGGUGGUGAUCGUGCUCCUGCUCAUUGCUAUAGUGGUGGUUGCUGUGUGGCCCACAUAAGGAAGAGGCUGAGGGGAGCGUUUUGGACAUCGCACCGUCCGUGGGAUGACCACUGAGACUGCGUGGAGAGCCUACAGGGGAGACGAGGUGCAGAGGCACUUAUGCAGGUAUGUAUCAAGCGUGCUGAUUUAGGACCAGGUUUGCCUUUUAUAUCCCAAUGAAUGAAAAGGACAUAGACAAGGCAGACCUGAUUCUAGACCAGCACUCCUACACUGAGACGCUUGAUACAUACCUCCGACACACCACCCCUGUGCCCUGUUAAACACACACACACACACACACUAAUAAUGACACACAGACUGUUCCACCCCCCUCUCUUCUCCCUCCCUCUAUAUUUCCCCUCUCCUUUCCCCUUAUAUGAAAACUGAGUGUAUUGUAGUUCUCUACUGUACCUCAACACUUGGAGAGUUGAGCCCUGGCUUAUGAGGAACCAGCAACAGUGUUUUCUUUUCUUACGUGGGUGUUGGUCUGGUAAAGGGUAGCACUGACCCUAAUUCUGUCUGUGGGCUGAGAGGUCCUGGGUUCCGGGGCGCUAAUUCUGCUAGCUUAGCAAUUCACUCACACACAUCUAUUAUUAUAAUAAUUAUUAUAUUUACCCACUAGCGGUUCUAAUGGUAUCAUUUGUCUUGGGAUUUGAUCAUGUUUGUAGGAUAAUGCCAGCCAAAACAAAUAACAUGUAUGACUGUGUCACUUUUUAACAUGAUGCGAAUCAGUUUAGCUCAAUGCAACCUUGUCAUUUCUAAUAAACAACAUUUACAGUUAACAGCACGAUCCAUGGACUCCUUGGUGUAAAGAGUAUAGUGUUAUAUAAUAUUGGUAAUCUAGUAAGGAUAAUGUACUGUAUCUAUAGCAUACUCUGCAUUAUUCCACCGUGUCAAUUUAAAAGCCUUGCAGAUGCUGCAAAAGGAUGGGAGAUGCUUGCUUGCUUGCGUCCGUGUGAACAGUAUAGCUUGGAUCUACACCCAGCAUGCUUCGCCCUCUACUGUACUGCCCUACAUCACACGUGGAGCUGUUGAUAGAGCUGUACCCAGCAUGCUUCGCCCUCUACUGUACUGCCCUACGUCACACGUGGAGCUAAUGAUAGAAGUGUGUAUGUUACGCCCAGGACUCCGGCUUCAGAGAUCUAAAGCAGACAUUGAAUGAUUUUAAGACGAUAGAGAAAGAGAGGCAUAAGAGAAAAAGAAAGAGUCACAUCAGUGGCGACUUAACAGAGUUUAUUUCAACUGAAUUCUGGAUUUAGUUCUACCAGCUUGGUGUUCAGUAGUUAUUGUUUCCUUCUUAAAAUCACAACCAUCUAAACAACAACAAACAAGUAACAAAAAAAAUGUAAAGGAAAAAAGACAGAAUAAAAUCCACAAUGUCUCGUGUCAUUAAAUAUAUCCAUAUAUAAUAACCAUAUAUUAGUACACAUCGUAAAACAAACAUCGCAAAAAAGGUUUCGCAAUGGCCAACACAGCUAAACAACAUUUACAAUUUAAAAAGUAUGAACAAAAGCAAUGUUUUGACAGGUCUGUGGUAGUCAUAUUUCAUCAAAGAGGAGGUCAUUGUCAAUCCAUUGCUUGGAAAACUGAUCUAAAAUGUAUUUACAUCAUGGGGAUACAGAGACAUAAAUGGGGGGAAAAACGAUUGAGGUUUGAUUAUAUAUUAUGUGCCAAACAGAAAUACAUUUACAUUUAAUGUCACGAGUAUGGAUAUAACGAUAAAAGGAAGUAACAUGUAAAUGUAUGUAUAAAUAUGUGUAAUAUGUCAUCUGUAUAUUUCAAUACACCAGCACAAAGCAUGUGUAUGUAUGACUGAUCUGUACACAGAGAGAAACCGUAUGGAACACAGAUGCUGGCAAUCAGACCCUCAAUGUACAUCUAAUUGGUUUGAAAUAAAAGAAAUAUGUUGUUUUAAUUCA